AUGAGCUCGCUGUACUGCAUUGAGGCGGUGCUGAUACUGGACCAGAAGGGGAACAGGGUGUAUGCGAACUACUUUGCGCCACCGCACGUCCAGGACGGUGAGGAGUCUCUAGCUGGGUCUCUCAAGAGGCAGCGGGAGUUUGAGUUGGAGUUCGCUCGGCGGACGGCGAAGAGCGAGGGCGACUUGCAGAUGUUCUCUGGGAGUCUUGUACGGUUCAAACGGUUUACCGAUGUUGUCGUGGUAGUGGUAGGGCACGCCUCUGCGAACGAGGUGCUCGUGGACGUUGUGUUCGAGGGGAUCGCAGGUGCGCUGGAGUUGCUCUUGGACAGCGGUGGUGUUGAUAUGCGUGUCGUGCAGGACAAGUUUGACCUCGUGUGUCUGCUGGUCGAUGAGGCCGUCGAUAACGGGAUUGUCCUUGAGACGGACCCGGCGACCAUCGCCGCGCGCGUGACAAGACCGCCCACCACGGACCCACAGGUCUCCCUGGACUUGGACAAGGGUUUGUUGGGGGCCUGGGGGUUCGCAAAGUCAAAACUGCAGGAGAGACUCCAGCAAGGCCGUUAG